AUGAAUCACCCACCCUCACCUUUUCACAGGGCUUUGUUCCCACGUCAAAGCUCAAAUUGUAUUUCUUGUGAUGGACCUGCACCUACGUGUAAUUGCGAAGCUGGUCAGAGAUGUCAGUUGGUUGGAAGAACCUGUAACCAAUGUCCUACUGUUCAAUGUCUUGCUGGAGGUUCGUCGUCUUCCGGCGGUGGAGUCAACCCAGGUGUCAUCGCUGGUCCCGUCGUAGCUGUUUUGCUCAUCGCUUCUCUUGGAUUAUUUUGGUGGCUUCGGCGCAAGAAGAGACGCGAUCUGGCUCGACUAGAAAACCUAGCUCAACGCGCUCGCAAAGCCGAGUCUGCCGGCUUCCAUCUGUCCCAACCCUCCUCUCCACAACCUCCCUCCACAAGAUCCGGCUCACAUCAAGACCAUCUACCUAUUCCUCCUCACUCAGCAGCUGCCAUGGCAAGUUUCAAACAACGUUCUCCCCUUCCUCCCGCUCCUGUCAAUGCUGAAUACUACGACGAGAACGGUGCUCUAGUCCGCGUAUACGGUGGCACACGAGGCGUCAUCGACCUUCGCAGUGACCCUUUCUCCGACCGACAAAGCGUCAACACAUAUACCACCACAUCGAGCAGUCAACAAAGUAUGCACAUCAUCCCCAUCCAAUACAUCCCCAGCAAGUCUGAUGGGGAGAGUAAACAACUCGCUCGAUCAAACUCCGCAGCCACUCGUACUCUACAAGAAGCUCGUCAAAAUCUCCAUGCUGGAGCACCUCGACGACCAGCUCGAGAUCCCGAUCUUGAUCUCCGUCUGAUCCCGGAAAAAUCCCCAGAAGGAAGUACGACUGACUCUUCUUCACCUUCCAUCCCAUAUGCCAGUCAACGCGAAAGUUUCUUAUCCGGACAUUCCGGUUCGAGUUUCCUCUCUGGUACCACAGAUAUUCAUCAUGAAGCUCCUAGGAUUGUCACUUCUCGUAAAGUCAACAUUGGUAAUUUACGUCAAGCCGAAGUUGUACAUUUCAACAAUGUUAAUAAAUCUCAACAACUCAUGGAGGUUUUAGGGAAACAAAGAUUAUCACCUGUUAGUGGUAGUGUGGAUGAUCCUUUCGAUGGUCAGACGACGGCGAAUUCUUCGACUUUCGGUAAUGGAGUUUCUACACCCACCUUUGGUGAAUUCCCAUAUUCCUCUUCUACUUCACGUCGACUCACUCCGACUCGUAAAGAUCUUUCUCCCCACGAAUCGAAUCACUCCACUGAGAUGGAAUUAGAACCUCCACCAUCAGCAAGCACAGGAGAUUUACGUUUUUCAAUGGGAUCUCUAGCUAGAGAUAUAUCAAGAGAAUCCACUUCGUCAUUAGAGACUUUCAGAUAUUUAGCGAAUCCAAAUGCUCUCGCCGCUAUACCUCCACCUCGACCGGCAGAAGUUAAUCAAGGUCCAAGAGAAAGUAUGUUAUCUGCAAAAUCAUAUGCCGAUUCUCUCCUUGGAGCAUUCCCCAUGAUUCCACCAGGAGGAGAAAGACCUCCAUUACCAGGUGGAUUACCACAAUCAAUGUCAUCAUCAACUUUAGAAAAUGUCUCUAUUUCAAGACCUCCACCAGCAUUCAGACCACCGGUCCUCAAUUCGAAUUCCGCAAGACAGAAUGGAUAUGUUUCAGGAGGUACAAGACCUGGGAAUCGAACAGGUGUUAAACCUAGUAGACCAAAUACAGCAGCAAGUGAAGCUGAUAGUUUCUUAGGUUCUUUCCCUUUCGUUCCUCCUAACAUGGACGAUUUAGCAGGUCUUCCUUCUGCAGCUAUACCAAGUGCCGCAGUACCCGAUACGGGCGUGACGGGGUUACAUGGGAGGAAACAAUCAUAUCUUUCUGGAAAAGGAAAGGAAGAUGGAGUGGAACGAACGGAAAAUGAAGGGGAUAUAAAGGGAAGAAAUAGUACUGUUAGCGAAUCUGGUCUAGGAGGGUUUGAAUUUUCUUUUGAAGGUGCUCCACCUUUACCGAAACAUUGAUUGCCCGAUAUCUCAACCUUAAUCUUCUUGAUGCUUCGUCGGACGAUUUGAGAGGAGGGUCGUACCAUUGGAAAGGAAUCUGAUGUUCAUCGUAUGGUUUACGACGGAUGGUGGUAUGUAGUCGAUUGAAAAAGAAAACGAACUGGAUGGACUGUGGUUGUUCGGUGUGGAUCUU